GAGAGUCACAGUUCGUCAAAGAACAGUGCCAAACAUGUUGACACGGCAAUAAGAUCUUUAAAGAAGUACAGUAUCUGGAUAAAUUACAUGGGUUUUCAAAAAUAAACUGAAGCAGUAUCCUUUUUAAUUUCACUUUGGACUUAAAUACGUGGGGAGAUCCGAGUUCCACUUUCCCCCGCCCCCCUCCCCAUCUCAUGCGUCUGAGUGGAAGACCUUCCCAGCCCAGGCAGUAGUCUGCCUAGGUCACAAAACAGACUCUGUCAAGUGUUGACCAAUAUGACUGGAGUGGCAAAGUGUAUUGGCUCUGUCAGCUCUAUAAAGACAAUCUGGGAGAACAGAAUAAAAAAAAGCAAAGAAGACCUGCAACAAGAAAAAAGGACAAAGGGUGCUGUGGGUAGGUUGGCCCAACCUUGGGAGGACCGGAUAGUCUUGGCCAAGCUGAGAGACAGAGUGGUAAUAGAAGAGGGUCGUGUGAUUUUUAGGAUAGAAAAGGAAGAAUGGAAGACUAUACCGCCAUCCUUGGUACAUCUUCCUCAUAUUCAUGAAUGGCAGAUACACAAGGCUGGACUGCAGAAAAUCCCACAUUUUAUUGCUAGUUUUGAAAAUGUCACUGUUCUCAACCUCUCCCGCAAUGCCAUAACAGAUAUUCCAAAGGAGAUUGGUAAACUUGCCAGGCUAAGGGAGCUGCUGGUUAGUUACAAUAGAGUACAAAGUCUUCCAAAGGAGCUGGGAUGUUGUGAAAACUUAGAGAAAUUGGACUUGGCAAUGAACAGGGACCUUGAUGAGCUACCCACUGAGCUUAGGAACCUGAAAAAGCUUUACCACUUGGAUCUCUCCAUGAACAAGUUUACUGCAAUACCUGACUGUGUCAUGACUCUGCCUGCACUGGAGUGGUUGGACAUGGGGGGAAACCAACUUCAGAGCUUACCAGACAACAUACACAGAAUGGAGAAGCUGCAUACACUGUGGUUGCAGAGAAAUGAGUUAGAGUACCUACCUGACAACAUUAGCCAUAUGCAUAGGCUGGAAACCUUGGUCCUUAGCAACAACAAGCUCCGUGACAUUCCUUCACUGAUGGAAGGGAUGAGCAAUCUAAGAUUUGUGAAUUUUCGAGACAAUCCCUUAACAUUUGAAAUGGAACUGCCAGCCCUCAACAAAUCUGAUGAGGAUGAGGACAGCCAAGAAAUGUUUGGACGGGAAUUUAUGCACUUCUACAUCCAGGAAGCCCGGAAAAGAGUUUAUGCUGUGCUUAGCAUGCAUUGUGUCAUUCGUUAAUUGCAAGAUUAGUACAGUAUGUUGCAGAUGACCCAAAAACUGUUUUGGUGGAGACUCGAAUAUUAAUGCUUUUUAAUAUGUUUCAAAGUCACAACUCUGCCCUGACUACGGCUUUUUCAUUAACUACCAACCUGAUGCAUGGGAAUGCAGCACCAGGUUUUGGAGAGGGACAUGAAACUCCAGUAAGGAGCUUGCAGAAACCCCUGUUUAUAAGUGAAUAGUUUGGUUUAUUUUAGAGUGCUUAAGUCGCCGUAGUUGCUUUGUUGGAAGUGACAGUUUAAUGGGAGCUGUGCAGACCGCAGCCGCCUGACAAGUCACAUCUUCAUCGCUUCUGCCAGAUUAUUAUAGGCCACCAAACGAUUGACAGAACUGACAGACUUUUAUCCUGCUCUGGGUGGUUAAUUCUGCUUUGGGGCUACUUAAGUGUCAUCUUUCCUUGUUUUAAUGAACUGGACUUGAACGUGCAUUAUGUUUUCUUUAAUAGACUUGUUUGGACGUAAUUGGAUUUUUUAGAUUUCUUGUGAUGUCAAUUAAAACAUUCUCUAAUUGUUUGUUUAUUGUGUUGUUAAGUGGCAUUUACUGCUCAUACAUAAUGACAAUAAUAUUUUUUUUUGUUGAUUAUUGUAAAAUAUUUUAGCUUUUGACCAUUUCAAUAAGAAACACCCAGAUUCCAAAGCUGACUUGAUGGAUUCUUCCUUUCACAAAAUUCACUGAUCAAAGUGAAAGGAAAAUGUUUUUUUCUUGUGUAUGGGUCACGUUGAAAUUACAGAAAACGGCAGACUUCACCUCUUUGGAUCUCAAACUUAAAACGUUACACCAUGCCCUCUAUAAUGGUUUUGACAAAUACUUGUUUUCACUGCAUUUUUUGAUUUGCAAUCAAACAAUUCACAAGUGCAAAUAGAAAUGCUAUUAAAGGGCAUUUUCAAACAUUUUGUUUGCAAUGUACAAACUACAACACCUUCAUAAAAAGUCCCCCCCUUUCUGCGCACCAUGAUGUUUUGGACUAAAGGAUUUGCAGGUCUUUGUGAUUUUUUUAUUGCUGUUAGUUCAGGUACAAGAAAGAUUUCAGCAUUUAGCUUCUUUCAAUGCUUUCGAUAACCUCUAGACUGUGCUGUUGCCGUUGAAGCAAGAGUACACUGGUAAAACAUCAAGUAGUGAUGGAAUGUCACUUAUGGAGGAAAGGAAGGUAGGCAGAUACUCGGUAGGCAGAUGGAGAUGCUUGUUUAACCUAGCUAUGUCUUUUUUUCUUUAUAUAUUGUGAAAAGUAUUUUUUCUUUUUAUAUCUAUGGUUAAGAUUUUGCUUUGAAAAUACCUUUUGGAAUUUAAUUAAAAUAAAUCAUUCACCUUGAGCCUC